AUGAAGCCGUACCCAAAGAUCUUGGAGCCGCUUGACCUCGGUUUUACGAAGCUGCGCAAUCGCGUCGUAAUGGCCAGCAUGCACACGGGACUGGAGUCGCCGAUUCACGCCACUCGCUCCACCACAGUCACCGAAAAGAACCCGUACGCGCGUCUUGCACGCUUCUACAAGGAGAGAGCGAAGGGCAAGGUCGGGCUCAUCGUUACCGGCGGUUUUUCGCCCAGUGCGGAGGGCCUUCUGUAUCCUGGUGAAAGGUUGCUAGGCCCGAAUGAUGUCGACCAGCUGCGGUGCAUCUCUGACGCGGUGCACAACGAGGGCGGGCACAUUUUACUACAGAUGCUGCACCCCGGCCGCUAUGCCAAUGGAGAUCAGUGCGUGGCGCCGUCGCCGAUUCUGAGUCACAUCUCUCAGACGAAGAAGGUGCCGGUGGAGAUGAGCGUGCCACUCAUCAAGCGGACGGUGGAGGACUUUGCUCGUCUUGCCGUCUGCGCACAGAAGGCGGGCUUCGACGGAGUUGAGAUUAUGGGCUCUGAAGGCUACCUACUGAAUCAGUUUGUUGCCCCUCAAACAAAUCACCGCACGGACGACUACGGCGGCAGCUUCGAGAACCGUAUCCGUUUCCCGCUAGAAGUUCUUCGUGCGGUACGAGAUGCCACGGGGUCGAGCUUUAUCAUUGUGUUCCGCGUGUCGCUUCUGGAUCUCGUGCCGAACGGCUCGACUCAGGCCGAGGUCUUUGAACUGGCGGAGAAAGUAUCCAAGUCUGGGGCGAACAUUAUCAACAGCGGCAUCGGCUGGCACGAGGCCCGCGUGCCGACCAUCGCCACCUCCGUACCUCGUGCGGGUUACACCUGGGCUACAGCGGCGGUGCGGUCGCACCUUCGCCGUCAAGGCAUUGAGACCCCUCUUAUUGCGGUGAAUCGAAUGAACCACCCCGACAUUCUGGAACAAGUGCUGGAGGAUGGCGAUGCGGAUCUCGUCGCCAUGGCGCGCCCCUUCCUCAGUGAUCCAUACUUUGUGGAAAAGACGAUGUCGGGCGCUGCCGAUCGCAUCAACAUCUGCAUCGCCUGCAACCAAGCGUGCCUAGACAACGUCUUCACGGGCAAGACAGCGUGCUGCAUGCUCAAUCCACUAGCUGCCCAUGAGGAGGAGCGCGCAGCGUUACCCGUGACUGCCGCGAAGCAGGUGGCUGUGAUUGGCGGCGGCCCCGCUGGCGCAUCCGCUGCAAUCACCCUAGCCGAUCGCGGCCACCACGUCACGCUGUACGAGGCGAGCGCCGUCCUGGGCGGCCAGUUCAACCUGGCAAAGCUCAUCCCUGGCAAAGAGGAGUUUCAGAGCAGCAUUGACUACUGGACAAACACGCUGAAGAAGCACAAGAAUGUGACGCUGAAGCUGAACACGCGCGCCACCGUAGAGGAUGUUGCAGACGGGGGCUACGACGAGGUGGUGGUGGCAACCGGGUGUGCGCCGCACGCCAAGUCGAACUCGGUCAUUCCUGGCAUAGAGAAGCACCCCAACGUCUUCUCGUACGUCGAGGCACUCCUGCAUCCAGAGAAGGUGGGCCGCCGCGUCGCCGUCGUCGGUGCCGGCGGCAUUGGCUUCGACAUGGCGGAAUUCCUCACCUCACCACAGAGCACCUCAGCGGAGACGGUCGCUGCGGCGCAGUACACAAAGUUUACAAAGCAGGAGAACUGCGAGUUCCGUAAGAAAUGGGGUAUCAAGUCGCCCGCCAUUGUGCAGGAAGAAGAGAAAGCUGGCACGGCGACUGGCUCAAGUGGCAACAACAGCCGCCUCUCACACCCUCCAGGUGGACUCGUGAAGCCUGUGAUUCCUCGGCCCUACCGCGAGGUGACCAUGUUCCAGCGCACCCGUGGCAAAAUCGGUGCCCAUCUUGGCCCGACGACCGGGUGGAUUCAUCGCCUUGAGAUUCGCAUGAGCCGCGUCAAGGCAGUGGAUGGGGUGACGUACAAGAGCUUCGACGGCGCGAACUUCGUUUACCUUGAUGAGAAGGGCAAGGAGCAGACGCUGGUGGUAGACUGCGUUGUGCUAUGCACUGGACAGAGCUCAAACAAGGAGUUUGAGAAAGCUGCAACACCGAUUCUAUCGAAGCUGCACACGAUCGGGGGAUGUAACUUCACCAAGAAACUUGAUGCGAAGCUGGCUAUUCUGCAAGCGCACGGCUUGGCGAUUCGUUUGUGA